AUGGCGGGGGGACGGAGGGGUCUGGUGGCCCCGCAGAACACUUUCCUGGAGAACAUCGUCCGCCGGUCUAACGAUACUAACUUCGUGCUCGGCAACGCCCAGAUCGUAGACUGGCCCAUCGUUUACAGCAACGAUGGGUUCUGCAAGCUGUCUGGCUACCACCGGGCUGAGGUUAUGCAGAGGAGCAGCACCUGCAGCUUUAUGUAUGGGGAACUGACAGACAACGAGACAAUGGAGAAAGUGCGCAAGACCUUCGAAAACUAUGAGAUGAACUCAUUUGAGAUUCUGAUGUACAAGAAGAACCGGAUGCCUGUGUGGUUUUUUGUCAAGAUUGCGCCAAUCAGAAAUGAGCAAGAAAAAGUUGUCCUGUUCCUGUGCACCUUCAGUGACAUCACCGCCUUCAAGCAGCCCAUCGAGGAUGACUCUUCAAAAGGUUGGGGCAAAUUUGCCCGCCUGACCCGGGCGCUGACCAGCAGCCGAGGAGUUCUACAGCAGCUGGCGCCGACAGUCCACAAAGGCGAGAAUGUUCACAAGCACUCCCGUCUGGCCGAGGUCCUGCAGCUGGGCUCAGACAUCCUGCCACAGUACAAACAGGAGACCCCUAAAACACCCCCCCACAUCAUCCUCCACUACUGCCUCUUCAAGACCACCUGGGACUGGGUCAUCCUCAUCCUCACCUUCUACACGGCCAUCAUGGUCCCGUACAAUGUGUCCUUCAAGACCAAGCAGAACAAUGUCACCUGGCUGGUGGUGGACAGCAUUGUGGAUGUAAUCUUCCUGGUGGACAUUGUCCUUAACUUCCACACCACCUUCGUGGGUCCAGCAGGGGAGGUGAUCUCUGACCCGAAACUAAUACGCAUGAACUAUGUGAAGACCUGGUUUGUCAUCGACCUGCUUUCCUGCCUGCCCUACGAUGUCAUCAACGCCUUUGAGAAUGUUGAUGAGGGUAUUAGCAGCCUCUUCAGCUCACUGAAAGUGGUGCGUCUGCUCCGUUUGGGUCGGGUUGCCCGCAAGCUGGACCACUACAUCGAGUACGGUGCGGCGGUCCUUGUUCUGCUGGUCUGUGUCUUCGGUCUGGUCGCCCACUGGCUCGCCUGCAUCUGGUACAGCAUCGGAGACUACGAGGUGAUUGACGAGGAAACCAACGUGGUGCGGAGGGACAGCUGGCUCUAUCUGCUGGGGGAGGCGGUGGGAACACCGUACCGCUUCAACUACACGGGGUCAGGCCACUGGGAGGGUGGGCCAAGCAAGGACUCAGUCUACAUCACCUCGCUCUACUUCACCAUGACCAGCCUCACCAGCAUCGGCUUCGGGAACAUCGCCCCCACCACAGAUGGCGAGAAGAUCUUCGCUGUGGCCAUGAUGAUGAUAGGAUCGCUUCUGUAUGCCACCAUCUUCGGCAACGUUACCACCAUCUUCCAGCAGAUGUACGCCAACACCAACCGCUACCACGAGAUGCUGAACAGCGUGCGAGACUUCCUCAAACUCUACCAGGUCCCCAAAGGCCUCAGUGAGCGAGUCAUGGACUACAUCGUCUCCACUUGGUCCAUGUCCCGUGGCAUCGACACAGACAAGGUGCUGCAGAUCUGUCCUAAGGACAUGCGGGCAGACAUCUGUGUCCACCUCAACAGGAAGGUGUUCAAAGAGCACCCCGCCUUCCGGCUGGCAAGUGAUGGCUGCCUCCGCGCACUGGCCAUGGAGUUCCAGACCAUCCACAGUGCCCCAGGGGACCUCAUCUACCAUGCCGGCGAGAGUGUGGACAGCCUCUGCUUUGUGGUAUCGGGGUCGUUAGAGGUCAUCCAGGAUGACGAAGUGGUGGCCAUUUUAGGUAAAGGUGACGUGUUUGGAGACGUCUUCUGGAAGGAGUCAACACUGGCGCCGGCAUGCGCCAACGUGCGCGCACUGACCUAUUGCGACCUCCACGUAAUCAAACGCGAUGCUCUACAGAAAGUUCUGGAGUUCUAUACCGCCUUCUCCAACCACUUUGCCCGCAAUCUGCUGCUCACCUACAACCUCAGGAAGAGGAUUGUCUUCCGAAAGAUCAGCGAUGUCAAACGGGAGGAGGAAGAGAUGCUGAGGAGGAAGAACGAGGCGCCGCUGAACCUCCCGCCCGACCAUCCUGUCCGACGCCUCUUCCAGCGUUUUCGGCAGCAGAAGGAAGCACGUCUGGCUGCCGAGAGGGUCACUCAGGGUGAUGGGGACAUGGAGAAAGGUUCUGCUCACCUCGAGAAGCCCCCAAUCCAGGAGGUGCUGGCUUCCACCAGCAUUGUAAUGGUGACCGAGAGCCCCGCCACACCGAUUGCCUCUUUCACCCCUACUGCUUCCUCCAAUUCCACAGCCUCCUCUUCCUCCAGGACCUCCAGCCGAGUCACCCUCCAUGCCCCAUCUGCCCAGAAUGGAAACGCCAGUGGCUGCAAAUCAGUGGAGCCACCAAAGGCCAAGGGCUGGGGCCGUUUUAAAGAGUCGGUGGUGAAAGCUGAGUCGUGGACCAGUGUGUCCAAGGCUGAAUCAAUGGACACACUCCCAGACAGAACCAAGUCUCAGAACGAGAUGUGCCUCAAGAAAACUGACUCCUGUGACAGCGGCAUCACCAAGAGUGACCUGCGAUUAGACAACGUCAGUGAUGGUAGAACACCGCAGGACUGCAGCCCUGCCCAGUCCGAAGGCAAAAGGGUCUUUUGUCCAAUACCGGAGCAGAGCAUGCAGGCCUCCCUCCUGGAGCUGAAACAGGAACUAAGGGGAGAUAUUACUUCUCUGAAUGGGCGAAUGGCAGUGCUGGAGGCUCAGCUUGCUGAGAUGCUUCAACUUCUCAAAUCCACCAAGAGGUCCAGGUCCAUGUUUGAGAUCUCCAGACCAUCCUCCCUGGACUCGGACAAGGACAGCCUCUCAUAA